AUGACCACCAAACUGCUCCCAGUAGUUCAGCCAGCCGGUAGAUUACAAGGUCCGGCAGAAUUUGAAGCGACAAGAGAGUCAAUUCUCGCGGACUUUGCAAAGGCAGUCCCUCAAGAUCUUCGACUUCCAGCACAGCUUAUCAACAACCCACCUAAGAAUGUCACCAACGUUCCUCGUGAGUGCGGUCUGCUAACGCCAGAGGAAAUCGCCCUUACGGAAGACUAUGAUGCUGUUGGUCUAGCUGAAGCCAUCGCUUCUGGAAAGCUCACUGCGACCGAGGUCACCAAGGCAUUUGCCAAGCGAGCCAUCAUCGCCCACCAAGUGACAUCAUGCCUAACAGAGUGGUUCAUGGAUGAGGCCUUGCAAGCUGCACAGCAACUGGAUGAUCACUUCAAGCGCACUGGCAAGACGGUCGGUCCUCUUCACGGAGUUCCCAUUAGCAUUAAAGAGCACAUGCCGCUAGCUGGGCAUUGGUCCGGAGUUGGAUAUCUUGAUACGAGGACCAAAGAUGCUCGAGAUUGUCAAAUGAUGGCCAUUUUGCGAGCUGCAGGAGCAGUGUUCUACUGCAAGACGAACCAACCUCAAGCAAUUAUGCACCUGGAGAGCCAUUCCUCCAUCUUUGGCCGCGUGUUGAACCCGCAUAACAUCGGACUCUCCGCUGGCGGUUCAACAGGUGGCGAGGCAGCACUCAUUGCCAUGCGGGGAUCAGUCUUGGGAGUCGGUACCGAUAUUGGCGGAAGCAUUCGAGGUCCAGCUGGUUUCUGUGGAAUUUAUGGCUUCAAGCCGACAUCGUAUACGCUGCCGAUGAAGGACUUUAUCGCGGGUGGAUUCGGAGCAGAAUUGAAUAUAUUGGUCUCAACGGGGCCAAUGUGCACCUCGAUGAGAGAUAUGGACCUCUUCAUGUCAGCUGUGUUGGCGUCAAGACCGUACCUGACAGACACGAGAUUGAUCCCAAUUCCCUGGUCUGGGUUAAACACUGCAACCACAAAACCACUGAAGAUAGGAUUCAUGAUGAACGACGGAGUUAUCGUACCUCAACCACCAGUUACCAGAGCCUUGAAAUGGGCAUUUGAGAAGCUAGGCUGCUCAGAAGUCUUCACCGUAAAACGAUUUGAGCCAUACGGUGCUAGCCAGGCUAUGAAGAACAUUCGUCUGGCAUACUGGCCUGAUGGCGGCAAACUGGUCAAAGCACACCUCGACGCAACAGGCGAGCCGAUGUUACCCCUGACCCAAUGGAUCAUCAAAGAUGCAGAAGGCCCGGAUGUGACGUCUGCUGGGGUACUCCAACAACGACUCACACGUGACGAAUUCCGCUCUGCAUUCGCAGAACAUUGGGAGACACAAGACGUGGAUUUCGUGAUCUGUCCUGUGUUUGUGGGACCGGCCUGUGAACACGACACGGCAUUAUACUGGAAUUAUACUGCCUUCUGGAACUAUGUUGACUAUCCUGGUGUUGUGGUGCCUACACAUAUCAAGGCAGGUGGUACGGGGGUCGAGCAGUACGACGCUUCGAGCGCCCCGUUGAGUGAGCAGGAUGAGCAUGUGAGGAAGAUGUGGAGACAAGGGGAUUUUGAGGGAGCUCCGAUUACUUUGCAAAUUGUGGCGAGGCGAUACCACGAUAAUCAGCUGUUUGGAGCGCUAAGAGAGAUUAUCAGUGUACUUGGUUGA